AUGGCGGAGCAAGCGGGUGCCAGGAGGAGCUGGGCCGCGCUCGGGGCCGUCUCCCUGCUCGUCCUCCUCAUCGUCGCCCUCUCCGGCGGCACCGGCGUCGCGGGGCUCUCCGGCGGCAGCAGGCUCCGGUACUCCGCGUCGACGGCCAAGGUGGUGACCGCGGCGGCGAGCGGCGCCAGGCGGUGGCUGCGGGACUCCACGUCACGGCUUGCGGCCACGACUACAGCGACGGCGGCGAGGGGCGAACGUGCCGACGAUGACGCCGACGGUUCCGCGGCGGUGGCGGUGGCGGUGGCUGGCGCGGUGGAGGACCCGGAAGCGGUGGUCUCGCAAGUGCACAUGUCGAUCAGGAACAGCACCGCCCGGAGGAACCUGGGGUACCUGUCGUGCGGCACCGGGAACCCCAUCGACGACUGCUGGCGCUGCGACUCCGACUGGCACAACAACCGGCAGCGCCUCGCCGACUGCGGCAUCGGCUUCGGCCGCAACGCCAUCGGCGGCCGCGACGGCAAGAUCUACGUGGUCACCGACGCGGGCGACGACGACCCCGUGAACCCCAAGAAGGGCACGCUGCGCUACGCCGUCAUCCAGGACGAGCCGCUGUGGAUCAUCUUCAAGCGCGACAUGGUCAUCACCCUCUCCCAGGAGCUCAUCAUGAACAGCUUCAAGACCAUCGACGGCCGCGGCGCCAACGUGCACAUCGCCAACGGCGCCUGCAUCACCAUCCAGUACGUCACCAACGUCAUCAUCCACGGCCUCCACAUCCACGACUGCCGCCCCACCGGCAACGCCAUGGUGCGCAGCUCGCCCAGCCACUACGGGUGGCGCACCAUGGCCGACGGCGACGCCGUCUCCAUCUUCGGCGCCAGCCACGUCUGGGUCGACCACUGCUCCCUCUCCAACUGCGCCGACGGCCUCGUCGACGCCAUCAUGGGCUCCACCGCCAUCACUGUGUCCAACAACUACUUCACCCACCACAAUGAGGUGAUGCUGCUGGGUCACAGUGACUCCUACCUCAAGGACAAGGCAAUGCAGGUCACCAUAGCUUUCAACCAUUUCGGGGAAGGGCUCAUCCAGAGGAUGCCAAGGUGCAGGCAUGGUUACUUCCAUGUGGUGAACAAUGACUACACCCACUGGGAGAUGUACGCCAUCGGAGGGAGCGCCGAGCCGACCAUCAACAGCCAGGGGAACCGCUACCUCGCCCCAACCAACCCUUUUGCCAAAGAGGUGACAAAGAGAGUCGAGACCGCUCAGACCACCUGGAAGGCCUGGAACUGGAGAUCAGAGGGUGAUAUGCUGCUGAACGGCGCUUUCUUCACCCCAUCGGGGGCAGGCGCCUCAGCCAGCUACUCGCGCGCUUCCAGCCUCGGCGCCAAGUCCUCAUCCAUGGUCGCCACCAUCACCUCUGGGGCGGGCGCCCUGUCGUGCCACAAGGGCUCUUCCUGCUAG